AUGUUAUUCUUUAUUAUAUACAAACACAAACAGCAGCAGCAGCAGCAGCAGCAGCAGCAGCAACAGCAGCAGCAGCAGCAGCAGCAGCAGCAGCAGCAGCAGCAGCAGCAGCAGCAGCAGCAACAGCAGCAGCAGCAGCAGCAGCAGCAGCAGCAGCAGUAUGAGUAUAAACAACACGAACGAGAUAAAUAUAUUGAGCAGUAA